UUAAUACACAUUUUCAUUUUUCACAAUAUUGUGUUUUGUAAUUUCUAUUCCAUAUUUCAGAAUCCACUGUUGACUGUAGUUGACGCUUAGAAGUUUGAGUUGACUGUUGACUGAUUGAUUUCUACGGUGUUGAGUGUUUUGCCGUUUUCACUCGAUACGAAUCAAGGUCCUAGGCACUGGGCAGGACGAAAUUACGAAUAGCGUGAUCAUGACAACGGAAUACCGCAAUUUUUUUCACUACUCCAGUCGGCUGAACAUGGCCGGGGUGCUGGGUGACGUCCACGUGGAACUGUUAAAGUUGAAGAAGGCUGACAGCUGGUUCAUGUUCACGCGCGACCUGCUUCUCAAACACGAAAUACUGACCUCGACGUUGGACGUCAACGAUGAGUACGAUGAUCCCAACAAAUCGAAGAGCCUCCGAAAAAAUGGCAACGUGUUCUUCAAGGCUAGGUUGUACUGGAAGGCCGUCGAUAUGUACAACAGGUGUUUGAAGGCCUGCAAGCCGAACACUGAGUGCCAUGCGUUAGCCCAGGCCAACCGGUCGGCCGCUUACUUCCACAUGGGCCAGUACGAGCAUUGCCUGAAGGACGCGCUAUGUGUUGUGGAGUCUGACAAUUACCCGUCCAAUCUCGUGUACAAGCUGCACGAGCGAAUCGGGCAUGUAGAACACAUUUUGGGCUACACCGAACGUGCGAAGAAAAGCUACGCCUUGUGCCUGAAACGACUAGACGAGGCGGACAUGUCAGCGGUGAAAAAGCGCAAGUUCAGGAUGGCGAUCUCAAUAGCUGUGUCCAAUUGCGAGGAAGUCGAGGAAGAGCCGACUAAGUCGACAACUACGAUGGAAACACUUUGUGUCGAGCAGCUGGUUGGUGGAAAAAACGAAAAUAUCCCUGCACUAUCGGCCUUUGUGGAAUUGAAAUUGUCCGAGAAUAUGGGACGAGGUGUUUAUGCUACCUGCGACAUUAACCCUGGUGAUGUUGUGGCCAUAGACGAACCUUACAUUUGUGGGCCCUUAUCAGAAUUUAGAGAAGUUUGUCAUUAUAAUGGUUGUAUGAAGAUACAUUCAUCACUUAUUCACUGUCCAAAAUGUUUGUUGGUUUUUUACUGCAACAAAGACUGCAUGAAUAAAGAUUACAAAGAUGGACAUAAUUUGCUAUGUCCAAUUAUGUAUCACAUCAAAUCAAGACCAGGAAUAACAAAAAUAAACGAACUUGCAAUUAAGUGGUUUUUAAGAGCCUAUUCAAAAAUGGGCUUAAAAAAAUAUUGUGCAAUCGUUGAUAACUUCUCAGAAUCUAAAAUUGAUCCUAUAAAAAGGGGUUUUGAUGAGAUUGGUCAAUACAAGUCUGAUGAUUUUUUAACAGCUUAUUCUUUGGAUAUUAUUGUAAACGAAAUGUCAAUAGAUGUUUUGUUUUUUUUCAACUGUAUUGCUGUUGAUAUGUUACAUUAUUUGAUGUUAAGUGGCUUCAAAAUUCCGGAAUGUUAUAUAGGUAUAAUAGGUACUUCCUUGGUGCGUAUUUUAACUAUUUUAGAUUUAAAUUACAGCAAGUUAAAAUUAGAUGAUCUAUCAAUAUCAUUAACUUUGUAUCCAACCAUUUCCUUGUUCAACCAUUCUUGUGAUGCAAAUAUUAGUCCGAGUGGAAAUAUCCUUGAUAGAAUAAGAGUUAUGAAAGCAGUUCAACCAAUUCCCAAAGGAACUCAGUUAUGCUGUAACUAUGGAAUAAAGUUUACAGCAUUCAAUAAAGAACUAAGGCAACAAUUUUGCAAUCUUUUAAGAUUUAACUGCUACUGUGAGCCUUGCAUAAAGAAUUGGCCAAUAUAUCAUUAUACACCAAAUCGCCUUUCUACAUUAAAUAUUCUAAACUACAGUAUGGCAGAUACUGUAUCAUCUGAGUGCAUAAAGUUUGUGGAAUUUACGAAGUCAGUGGAUUCAAAAGAUUAUUGUCAGCAUUUAAAUUAUUUAUAUUCAUUUAUUAAGAUUUUGAAUACCAAUGUAAAGCGGCCAUUUUCAUUAUAUGAGGAUUGUCUUCAAAUGAUAAGUAAUGCCCAUAGCAUAAGUACCAGUUUAAAAGGUAUUGGGCUAUGAAUAUCGAUUGAUAUCUCACUUUUAUAAUAGGUUUAUAAAUAAUACAUUAAAUAAUUUUUCAGUUUAUAUCAAAAGUUUGUGUUCAACAUUUGUUA